AUGUUGAACUCAAAACACCAGGGUACGAGUGUAAAUAAAUGCAGUGUGCGAGACGAAGUAGAGAAGUGUUGGUAUGCUGAGGCAAGUCUGAAAAUGCGCGAGAACGCAAUGAUUUUGGAGCCCUGUUUCAGCAGAACACUUCCAGGAUGGAAACCUCGACGAUUGGGUGGGGGAUUAGGCGGUUUCAAGGAGUCUGGCCAACUGCGUUUCGGUGGAAUUGCCCGACCGUUUCGACGACCUCUGCGAAACACAUCUCCAUGA